UCCGUUGCCGCCCAGUAGGUGGCGCUCUGUACACCUGUCUCAUAGGGUUGUACGGUGGUGGCGUCGCUCCGGGUGUUCGGUCCGCUCUCUCCGCUCCGCUAUGAUCGGGCUCCGCGCUCUGCUGGUCCUGCGGAUCCUCUGCUCGGUGUGGGGACGAGUGAUUGUAGAAAAGAAUGUGCGGGGCUGGGUCGGAUCGGACGUUAUUCUGAAAUGCACGGUUAAGCUCUCGGAGGAGGCGGUAACGGAGGAGAAGGUAACCCAAGUCACCUGGCGGAGGAGGGAAAACGGACAGGAUGUGGACUUUCUCACCUUUGGGGAAGAGAACAAGUUGCGGAAACUGACUUCUUUUGCAACUUCGAAAGUGGAUUUCCUGGGGAAUGAACAUACGGAUGGAUCAAUCCGGAUCCGGGAUGUCUCCUUGGAUGAUGAGAGUGUCUAUACUUGUAUCUUCACCAUCUACCCAUUGGGAACAUUUCAGAAUACAACCACUAUAACUGUACAAGCUAAACCAGACGUCCGCGUGGAACCUCCACCAGAUCCGGCGGUGGCAAAGUUGCCCUAUCAGACUGUGGCCAUUUGUGUGGCCGGAGCAGCCAAGCCAGCGGCUAAUAUUACUUGGUGGACAGACGGGUUGGAUUAUAAUUCAUCGGAGAGUGAAUUUCAGAACAGUAACGGGACGGUGACCACCGAGAGUCGGCUGAGAAUGGUCCCGGGAGCCGGAAUAAAGGACCGUAGUGUGACUUGUAUCAUCUCACAAGGGUUGGCCUUACCGCAGACCGAGAAGAAGCUGAAUAUACAGAACGUACAAUAUGCGCCUGACUCCGUGCAAGUGGAGGUGAGGACAUUAGACAAUGGGGCUGUUCAGUUUAUCUGUGUAAAAGACUCCAGUCCACCAGCCACCAACUUCACAUGGAAAAGGAAGGAUACGUUUGAUUCCGGUGUAACGUUGGAGCUGGGAAAUAAAAAAACGUUAUCUAAUAAAAACUUUCCAAACGGACUUUAUAUCUGUGAGGUCACAAAUCCAAUUGGAAAAUCAUCGGGAUCUCUUUAUUUUUACAGAGUCUCAGGUGGAAACGCACUGAACAGAUGGAUAUUGGAGAACCUGAAGUCUUCGGAUAACUUGUGUUUCAGCCCAUUGAUAUCAACCUCUAAAAUGUGCUUAUUAUACAGACUGGCUCUUUUGUUGGCACAAUUGAGGUUCUUCACCGUUCCUGCAUUGCGGCUAAUCCAAGUUGCCCCAAAUCAGCAUUCAUUCCAUGAUGGGACCAAAUUGUCAGAUGUGCAUGUUCUCUAAUAGCAGCACAUCAAGUUUUUUGUUUUUUAUUUAUUUUUUUAAUUUAUUUAAUUGCAAAGCCAGAUCCAAAUAUCUUUAACCCACUGUU